CAGAACUAGGGGGCAGUAACUCGCGCCAAAUGUGGAUGUAAACAACGAGAUUGGGUCAUGUCGGCUGGAUUUUCUUCUUUGCCAUCUUCACUUUCAUUUUCUGAUUACAUUCUUCACCUUCUGAUUAAUUUCUGCUUGCAGACGUGUUAAUUGUAACUGAGUCCAGCUCAAAAAAAUCGCGUGAUUUAAAUUCCACGCGAUGGCUGAUGAUGACGAUGUUGACAUAUACGGUGGUCUUCCAGACUUCAAUUUUGAUAAAAAGCUUCAAGACUUGGAGUUGCAAAAUGGCAAUUUGAGGAAGAGAGCCAAAGAGCUCGAAUGCAAAGUACAAUCAUUGGAAAGCACCAACCAUAAGCUUUCCAAACAGGUGAAGUCCUUGCACAGGAACAUUUCAGUACUUUAUGCCACAGCCCUUGCUGAAAUUGAGCAUAAAAAUAAGAUGCUGGCAGACCUUCAACGAGAGAGAGACUCGAUCCUGUUCAGAAGAUCUGCUAAGACAGCAGAUCACCAGCCUAACCCAGCUUACACAGAUGAGCCAGUGCCAAAAUUAGAAGAAGCUGUUGCUGCUCCAGUUAAAUCCAGAAAAACAAAAGCGCCGGAAAAGGAACGAGAAGUUGAGAAAAAGAAAGAUGAUGAAAAAGAGACAAAACGCCCAUCGCGUACUGCGCCAACUGCAGAGAGAAGGCAUUCAAAGCAAAAGUCAAUUCCAGGUGAAGUAAAGCUAAGGAAAGAAGAGAAUACGGAGACAAAAAAAUCAAACAUUCCUAAUACAACGAGGAAUCAAAGAGACGGAAAUGUACCUGAGGAGACCCCAGCAGAAAGACACUCUGAUACAUCAACAGAAUCAGGCUCAUCAUCCUUAAAGGAGAAUUUGAAAGAGUCAAAAAUUCAGAGAGCGGAACGACUCCACAGAGAAAAAAUUGAGCGGGAGGGAGAUAACCCAUUGGCAGUGGCCAAUGACAUCAGACGAUUGUCUCCGAGAACUAAACAAGUUUCCAAUCAUGAUCACGGCACCUCCGACACAGAAGGAUCAAAUGUCAGUGAUCUGAUUAGCUCUUUGCUUGAGUCGGAAAAAGAGAGAAUCAAGGUCAAAUCUAUCAAGAAGAGGAAAAAUAAGACUGUGAAAGUAGUGUGUCCCAAGGACAAUCCAGACACGCCUGGAAAAUUUUUGAUCGAAGGAGAUGCCGAAACUGCAACACCCAAAGAAUUGGGAAAUAAAACUGAAGACAAAUCACUUUCACCAGAAUUUUGUCACCCUCCCGAGACGCCAGGGAAAUACCUGAAUUGCCAAAUCCCUGCUCAACUAGAAAAUUCUCCAACGAAAAGAGCACAGAAGGAGCUGGACAGUGCUGUUUUUAGUAUUCUUCCCACCCCAUUGAAAAUGAUGACUCACCACCCUCUUCUUUUGAGCCCCUUGCAAAACACCCCUGUCAGCACAAGACCUUUGCAACAGACCAAAACUCCUGAAAAAGAGAAAGUACCAGAGGAACCAGUGAUACCAGCUCAGCAGUUGAUUUCUCCGAACCAGUCAUUGAACUCUUCCGUGACUUCAAGCACCUCGACGCAGCUCAUGAUUGACCUUUCUCGCACAGGAAACACCCCAAAAGUCAAGCCAGCAAAUUAUCCUUUCAAGCGAAAGAGGGUGUUAAAAAUUAAAUGCACCUCAGUCGGCAAUUCAAGUACAGAAGACAUCAAAGAUGCCGAGCCUCCUGCAAAGAAAGUCUGCGCGGUAAAACAACCAUCACCAAAAUCUGCGCCAACUGUGGAAGAAAGUGUUACAACUCGGCAAUUAACUAUGCCAAAGAGACUGCCAAUUAAAUCCACAGCGCCUCCAGUGGAAGUUCAAAAGUCACCCAUGAAAAAAAUGAGUACCCCUCAGCAUCAAAUUCAAGCGCCACCAGCCUCUGUUCCCAGCACUGGACGCAAGUCCAACGACAGCGGCACCUCACAGGAUUUUCACUUGCAUUACACAUCAGAAUCGGAGAUAUCAAGGUCACCAUCACCAUUUGUGCCUCAAAAUCGUCCGUCCGCAGUUGCUACGUCAACACCGCACCCAACCAAGAGCAAACUGAAACUUAUCUCCAACUCUCAUAUUCUUACCCUGACGCCAAGGAGCAAGAAGAAGCAAAAGAAAAAGAUUAUAAUGGCUGAAAUGUUUGGUAGUUCUCCGGCCAGCGAGAGGGACUAUCCUAUGGACAUGGAAGUUACUGAUGAUAUGCGAAAGGACUUAGAGGGAUCAACAAAGGGUGAAGAUGGACAAGAGAAAAAGCGAAUGACCGAAGAGGAGUGGUGGCACCGAGAAAAGAGCAGAAGGGAAACAGAUGAGAGGCGCAGGAGGUCACCUGCAAGAAUCAAGUAUCGUCAAUCACCAGACUAUCAGAAAAGGUCACCAUCACCACUAGAGAGGCUGAGAAAACGAACGCCCGAGGAUCGAGACAGGAGAAGGUCACCUGAGAGGGAGGGAAGACGGUCUCCUGAUCGAGAUCGGAGAAUUUUUGUUGAUCGAGAAAGACGACUCUCGCCUGAAGACAGGGAAGUGAGAAUGUCAUCUUAUGAACGAGAAAGGAGGAGAUCCCCUGAAGAGAGGAAAUGGGCACCUGAGAUGAGGAAAAAACAGGUAGAAGAAAGAAAGAGGUCACCUGAACUGAGAAGGAGAUCACCUGAGGGUAGGAAGAGGUCGCCAGAAGAAAGAAAGAGGUCGCCAGAUGUGAGGAGAAGAUCUCCUGAAUUAAGGAGGAGAUCACCAGAGAUAAGGAGAAGGUCGCCUGAAGCAAGGAGAAGGUCGCCUGAAGCAAGGAGGAGGUCACCUGAAGCAAGGAGGAGGUCACCUGAAGCAAGGAGGAGGUCACCCGAGUAUAGAAGAAAGUCUCCUGAAUUGAGGAAAAGAUCACCAGAAGAGAAGAGGAGGAGGUCCCCAGGGGAUGUCGAAAGGAGAAAAUAUGCUGAGGAAAGAAGGAAGUCGCCUGAGUUUAGAGAUAAGAGAAAGCCCAUCGAUGAUCGAGACAGGAGACAACCGAGAAGGAGCCGAUCAGUAGAACGCUCGUCUUAUUCUUCAUCUAGUCGGAAGUCUCCAGGACCCUCGUAUAGCAAAAAAAGGUCUCCAGAUCUUUCAACCUCGAGAAGAUCUCCCUCGCCAUAUGAGAGACGAGAUCAAAGAGAUUUCUCCGUGUCCCCAGCUCGAGAGGAAAGCCGCAGAAAAAAGAAAUCUCUAUCGCCUCCAUCGAAGUUAAAUGGUAGUUAUCGGAACGAGAGUGACAAACGUUAUGAAUAUCGAAGUCAAGGAAGAGAACAUUCUCCUAAGCGCCAACGUUGUGAAGAAAAGAGACUAAAUAGGUCUCGGAGAUCAGAAAGUGAAGACAGCUACGGAAAGCAUAGCAUCCGAUCACUAGAGCACAGAAGUGAUAGAGAAGUCAGGGACAUAAUAUCGCGUAAGGACAGCCCAAUAGUGAGCAAAGGAAAGAGUGACCUGCGCCAAGUGAUCGAAAAAUCAAGAUCCAGAGUAGAACGCAGUGCAAAAACCAAAAGCUCAGCUCAUCACCCUGACCUGGACGAAGCUUCAGAGGAGGGAGAACUUGACGACUCUGACUAAU